AUGACUGGGGCUGCUCUUUUUUCCACAGUAAAGCUAGUGCAUGUUGUUGGCUGGGACGACCUCAUCAUUUUGCUAUCGCUAGUAGGAUUCGGUCAGCACACAACAGUAAUUGCUGCACAAUUCGCCAUUGAGCGGUUUUUUAAAGGCUCCAUGAUUCAGAUGCUAGGAUAUCCCGCAUUCAGCUUACCGAACAUAUCCAUCACGAUUCUCGUCUGCCAGCUUCCCUCCUCGAGCCCACGGCAUACUGUUGCUCUAUAUUCUAUGGCGAUUCUGCAAUCAUGCUGGAAUCCAAAUAUUCUCAACAACUUUUCUUACUGGUUUUGUGCGUACACGACGUUCACGGAUGUGGUAUUGGCAGUGGUGCCGGCAUACCCAUUCUGGAACCUGCAGAUGGCUUGGUCCACGAAGGUUGGCCUCAUUGUGAUGAUGAGCAUGACCAUGUUGUCUGCAAUAAUCACCGUCAUUAAAGGGACAUAUUUGCCGUUGUUUACAGACACAACUGAUCCUCGUGAACCUGUACAGCUGGCGAUAUGGGGCUUAGUAGAACAAAAUAUCGUCAUUAUGGCCACCUAUGUACCCACAAUGCGACCUUUCUUUAUCCGCACAUGGAGGUGUAGUUUUUCGACAAAGCCAGGGGCUCGAUCCAGGUAUCUAGCUCAAGAUCCAUCCACAUAUACAAGAAGAACAAGAAGCCAACUCAAGUGCCGAUCAGGGCCGAUCUCCGACGUGGCCUUGACCCAAUUCGAAUUACAUGGGGAUCCAUUUGACCAAACGGUAACCGGGGGCCAAGCAGUGGGUGCAAAUGACCGAUAA